AUGAGGAGGUCGUCUGUUGGCGCCGCUGGCGGGAGGGGCCACGGGCGAGGAGGAGGGGGAGGAGCAAGAGCAAGUCGAGGCGGCAAAAGGGCAUCAGCAGCCCAACCGGGGGACCCAGUUCCAGUUGGUCGCAAGAGGAGAUAUAGACCCGGCACCCUGGCGCUUCGCGAAAUUAGAAGGUUACAGAAUGGCACCGAGUUACUGAUGAGGAAGCUCCCAUUUUCACGCUUGGUCAGAGAAAUCGCAUUGUCGUUUCGACCAAGGGAUGAUGGUAUGCGCUGGCAGUCGCAAGCGAUUAUGGCCCUACAAGAAGCCGCCGAAGCGUUCCUUAUCCAUCUUUUCGAAGACACGAAUCUUUGCGCAAUCCACGCGAAACGAGUCACGAUCAUGCAAAAGGACAUCCAAUUGGCAAGGCGGAUACGCGGCGUAUGGGGUGGGAUUGGCUAA